UAAUUAUGUUCAAAUCUGCGCAGUCAAAGAGAAUAAAGAUAUGCAGAAAUAUUUUAAUGUUUUUCGAAAUAAUUGUAAGUUCGUUUUUUACUUUUUAGAAUGUUAUUUAGAAUUUUGUACCUACAGUUAAAAUUAUUAUUCCUACUUACAAAAUAUAAAUUAUAAACUACUAACCAAAAUUGACGAAAAAAGAUUCGAAUCGACGAAAUUAUUGAAUAAAUUAAUAGCUACGUACAAAAGAAAUGUUUACAAAAUAUAUCUUAACAUGUGAUAAGAGGUCAAGAUUAUUGAGGGAUUGCAUAUAAAUACUGGCGCACUGCGGGUCAGAUCACUCGCUGCUUCCAUCCCGUAAACAUGUACCGCGUUAUAGUUUUGCUGUGUGCUAUUCAUGUCUCCCAUGGCUUCCUUUGCCUCCCGCUGCAGGCGCAAGUGGCCGAACUACAGCGGCAAAUUUCGGAAUUGAAUGCACUGAUAUAUAACGAAGGAGUGGCAUCAUCACAACAGUUAACCCGGCUGCAGCAAGAAGUGGACGCACGAAUAAGUAACACACAAAUACAAAUAAAUAAGUGCAUACAAGAAAAUCAGUUGGCUGCGUCGGGUCCGCAACCGGGACAACAGAUAGAGCAGCUACAAGCUAAGUUGGCUGCACAAGAAAACGCCUCACAAGCAGCAACGCAAUGUCAGCAACAGCUUAGCGCGCUCCAGCAGGAAGAAAAAGCAGUGAGAGAACACGAACAAGAGCUUAAGAAGCAGUUAGAGCGUGGCCAGCAGAAACUGCUGCAACAAGAAGAGAGAACAGAGCGCAAAAACACUACACAACACCUACUUCCUUCACAGAGCACAGUUUUAUACACAUACAGAAAUAUAUCUGUAAAGAAUUAUCAAUUGCUGUGACAUUAUCUUAUCAAUCUAGAUGUUAUAAUAAAAAAUUAAAAAAACUAGAGUGUAUCAACAAAGUGUAUAUACAGUAAAUAUAAAAUUCCCGUGUCAUAGUGUACCGUAGUCCUCGGAAACGGAUGGACGGAUUCUCGUGAAAUUUUGUGUGCAAAUCCAAUAGGUUAGAUUAUCGGCCAACAUCUAUUUCUCAUACCCCUAAAUGAUAAGGUAGGCAGGACAGCGUUUGUCGGGUCAGCUAGUAAAUUUAUACAAUUUUGUGAACCGUUAUGAAUGCCGUGUACACCUCUAAUUGAUAAGCACAUACCAAUAAUUCAUGUAUAAUGCUUUGUAUUAAUGUCAAAUGUAGACCGUGAUUACUGUUAUAAAUAAAUAAAUAAAAUGAAAACUGAAGGUUAAUGUGAUUUUUUUAUGUCAUCCUGCAAAUAUUAUAAAUUUGUUUAUUAUAUAUAUA